CACCAAACUUCAUUCCAACUUUUCAAUCACAUACAAUUCUGUGUUGACAACCAGACACACAGCGUACACUUCCUCUCCCAAUUGAGCAGCAAUUUCUUGGUCUUCAUCUGAGUUUUUUGAUUUGAAGAAGAUGGCAGAAGCUUUAACAGAAAGCCAGAUUGCUGAGUUCCAGGAAGCCUUUUGUCUCAUUGACAAAGAUUCAGAUGGGGUUAUAACCUUGGAAGAACUAGCCUCGGUGAUCCAAUCGCUAGAUGAACGUCCGACGAAAGAAGAAGUUCAUGACAUGAUUCGUGAGAUUAGUGCUGAUGGAAAUGGAACAAUAGAUUUUGAAGAGUUCUUGAAUAUCAUGGCAAGGAAGAUGCAGGAAAACGUUGCUGAGGAGCUAAAAGAAGCAUUCAAAGUAUUUGACAGGGAUCAAGACGGUUAUAUUUCAGCUUCUGAGUUGAGACAGGUGAUGAUAAAUUUGGGAGAAAGAUUGAGCAAUGAAGAGGCUGAGCAAAUGAUCAGAGAGGCUGAUUUGGAUGGUGACGGUCUAGUUAGCUAUGAAGAAUUUGCGAGGAUGAUGCUCAGCUAGCUGUUCUUAAUUUUCUCUCCAAGUACUAAUAGAAAUAGGAAAAAAAAAAUUGAUAGUCUCUUUAAACCCCCAUCAUCUUGGAAAGUGCGUGUUUUGCAGAGUUUGUUGUAAUAUAUAUAGGGUCUCUCUUCCACAUACAAGUUAAAAUUUUAAAAUUUAUACUUACAGACGGUCCAUGGUGACUUGUAGCUCUAGUGGUUAAGAGCAUUAUAAUUAAGACUCCGAAAGCACAUUUCUUCUCCAUUCACUUUCUUUCUUUGUUUUUCAAAUAACUUGUAUAUCUUUACCACAUUUCCCUAUGUCGGAAGGUUCGUGCCCGAUUUAAACCCGAACCAUUUCAGGCGAGCGUUAGAACAAUCAACAAUGGCUUUGCAGUAACACUAUCCGGUAGGAAAAAUUCCAUUUCAAAGCAUUAGAAGUUUGGAACAAUGACUUUGCAAACUCGAAUUGGGCAUGAAAAACAUGAAGAAGCCCAAUAUUCAUAUUUGGCCCAAGAAGCCCAUUUUCACUUCGUCGUCUUCUUAAACCCUUAAACCCCAAACCAGCUCGCAGCUCUCAACUGAAUCACAACCAAUUCCAGAGACCUGGUUAAGCAAUUCAAUCCAAUACUGAAAAACCCAAAUCCCAAUUCCCCCAGUUUUACCUUAAACCCUUUCAAAAUGGUGACCCCGGAACCCAGCAACAUCGACGAGGAGGAGCUCUCCGCCGCCUCCACGACCAUCUUAUUCGACCGCCCCGUCCCCUUGCUCCGCGGGCCGGUCCGGGCCGGCCCGCCCGACGACCCGUCGUCCGGCCCGUACGUGCUGGCAUUCCGCGACGCGAAAACCUGGGCCAACGCCUACAGAGCGUGCGAGUCGAAGAUCCUACACCAGUGCGAGACCGGGUCGAGAAUCGGGUGCGCCCUCAGCGCAUCGAGCAAGUGUAAGCCGCCGUGGUGGCGGUUUCUGAUUGGGCAGAAAGCGCCGGAGUUGAAACAGAGGGCGGAGUGCGAGGAGAGAGAGACGGAGGGGUGUUUGGCUACGGCGAAGGAGAAGUGCGUUGGGUUUGCGAGAGACAAGUGCUUGGAGCCGUUUAGGGAGGCCAGGGUUUGUGGGGUGAGUAAGAAGCAGGCGGAGAAGAUGGUGUGCUGGGCGAGUGUGAUCGAUAAAAGUAGUACGUGGGUGAGUUUGAUUGGGUUGGAGAAUUGUGGGUUUGGGGCGACGAAUUGUAGGGCGGUUGAGCUGGUUGGGUAUGCCGGUGAGGUUGAUCGGGUUUUAGGUGGUGGCAGUGAGUGACUUUGAAGUUGUAAAUGUAUUGCUUUCGGAGUUGAGAAUCGUUAAAUUGUAAAUUGUUUGAUUUGCGAGCUAAUCCAAAACCAUUUCGUAUUUUAAA